GCCACCCUCCCGGAAGUGCCUGCAGCCUCGGGCUGGUUUUCGCUGUGCCUCAGUGGUGCGCGCGGGGCCGUAAGGGGAUUGGACACUGUCGGUUCUCUUAUCCUCUCUGAGAGGACGGGAGCCUGUUAGGGCAACGAUCCCGCGGUGGGAAGGGAGGGAAAGUCGUAGGGGACCCUGGCCUUUGUCCCUGCCAGAGAGGGAAGGGCGUUUGGCCACCCGGCGGGCAAAAGUGGCGGUUCCAGUCCCACAGGAGAAGUGCGGGAUGGACGGGCUUCUGACUCCUAGGGAGUCUGCAAAAUUCAUUGCCGAGAACAGUCGAGAUGUGUUCAUUGACCACGGAGGCGUGCGGAGGGUGGCCGAGCUGCUGCUGGCCAAGGCCACGGGGCCCGAGCUGCGCAUUGGGGGCUGGAAGGCGAUUCACGAGCUGAACCCUAGGGGCGCAGACGAGGCCGCCGUUAACUGGGUGUUCGUGAUAGACACGCUCAACUUCUCUUUCUGGUCGGAGAGUGACGAGCAUAAAUGUCUGGUGGGGUUCGGGGGAAAGACGUACAGUGGGUACUGGUCCCUGUGCGCCGCGGUCAACAGAGCUCUGGACGAAGGGAUCCCAAUAACUAGUGCUUCCUACUAUGCCACAGUGACCCUUGAUGAGGUUCGACAUAUACUCCGGUCUGACACAGAUGUCCCCAUGCCUUUGAUAGAAGAGAGGCAUCGGAUUCUCAAUGAAACCGGGAAAAUUCUACUUGAGAAGUUUGGAGGCUCUUUUCUUAAUUGUGUCCAAAAAAGUGAUAAAAGUGCUCAGAAGUUAUUGCACCUGGUGGUUGAAAACUUUCCUUCUUACAGAGAUGUGACUCAGUUUGAGGGGAAAAGAAUUUCUUUUUACAAAAGGGCCCAAAUCCUGGUGGCAGAUACGUGGAGUGUAUUAGAGGGGAAAGGAGAUGGCUGCUUUAAAGACAUCUCCAGUAUCACCAUGUUUGCCGACUAUAGAUUACCUCAGGUCCUUGUUUACCUGGGAGCCCUGAAAUACUCCGAUGAACUCCUGGAGAAGCUUCUCAAAGGAGAAAUGCUUUUUUAUGGGAAUAGGCAAGAGGUGGAAAUCAGAGGGUGCUCAGUUUGGUGUGUCGAGCUGAUCCGGGAUUGUCUUCUGGAGCUUAUUGAAAAAAAGGGUGAAGAAACUACUGGCGAGAUCAAUUCCAUUCUCUUGGAUUACUACUUAUGGGACUAUGCCCGUGAUCACAGGGAGGAUAUGAAAGGAGUUCCAUUUCAUCGUACACGUUGCAUAUAUUAUUGACCCAUAGUGUAAACUGAUCCUAAGAAAAUGCCUUGCAUUUUUAUAUCAUAAUUAUUUAUACAAUUCUGCUUUGAUAUUAAGAGAAGGUGGUAGAGGUUACAGCAAUAAGAAAAUGGAUUAGCCAGACUCUUUUAAAAUAUUUUCCUGACGUAUCACUCUGUAUUCCCAAUUUUAUCCUUUGUUUACUUGUUUAGUUUUGACUAUAUUUUCUCUUUCUGUAGAUACAUGAGAGAAAUAAUGAAGAAAAUUUAAUGCUUUCUUUAAAUCUCAGAUUUCUUAAAAUUAAUCAUGCCUUAUAAUGAUCUUUAGUGAUAAUAUUUCAUCCAUCCAAUCGGUAUCUUUUUUCACAGUACAGUAAUUUUCUGUGUACCAUAAUCAUUUGAUAUGAGAGAGAGUAGGGUCUUUGCUGUAUUGAAUGCUGCCACUCUUGUAGAAAUCAAUCUUGACAGAUAUUUAGAAACUUUUUGUUGAUAAACAUAAUGAUUUUCAAUUUAGGAUAUCUUUUUUUCUUCAGAGUAAAUACAUUGGAAUUUUUUGAAUAAAGAUUUUUUAAACAUUUCUUAAA